CAUCCUGGGUAAUCGGCUGUUUACUUCCGGCGGUGUGUGACUCGGGCUGCAGCUGUCUCUCUCCUCACUGAAGAUGGCCCUCGAGACGGUGCCGAAGGACCUGCGGCAUCUGCGGGCGUGUCUGCUGUGUUCGCUGGUCAAGACCAUAGACCAGUUUGAAUAUGAUGGAUGUGAUAAUUGUGAUGCAUAUCUACAAAUGAAGGGUAACAGAGAAAUGGUAUAUGACUGCACCAGCUCUUCCUUUGAUGGAAUCAUUGCAAUGAUGAGUCCAGAGGACAGCUGGGUCUCCAAGUGGCAGCGAGUCAGUAACUUUAAGCCGGGUGUGUAUGCUGUGUCAGUCACUGGUCGUCUGCCCCAAGGAAUUGUACGGGAGCUAAAAAGUCGAGGAGUGGCCUACAAAUCCAGAGACACUGCUAUAAAGACCUAGCAGGAUGUAGGACUGCCAGCGCCUUUGCUAUCCACCUUCUGUCCCUGCUUUGGUUUUUGUCAUGGAAUCCGAACAGGCAGAACUUCAAAAUCCCUGCACUUCAACUCAGAGACUGUUAAAAAGAACAGCAGAUCCUAUUCUUGGGCCUUGGACUACUGGUAGAGUGGGAGCGCUUGGUCUGGUGGAUUCUCAUGGACUGAGUUGAAGGGAGAUACUGUUUUUUCUAAUUGUUGAAGGGCUGUCUGUAUGCUUGCCCAUGGGUAGAAUGCCAAUAAAUAUGAACUCUUGGAAAAUUC